AUAUUAAGUAACAAAUUUCUUUAACUUAACAGAACAGAAAUCUGGGAUCGAUUUUAGGCUGGUUUCAUAUGUAUAUACUGGUGGAGUAAUAAAAUAAAUUUGACAGACAUACACUGUUUGAAGGUAAUAUUAUUAUAUAACCAUGAUAUUGUAACAGGAACAGGAAAGCAAGGCUUCAUUCCCUGAGACGAAUGACAUAAGAUAUGAUGGCAUUUACCGAGGGAAUCGUCGUACUUUGCAUCGCUAUAGUCUACUACAAUUGUUUUGUUAGAGUUAAUGAUUACAAUCAUCACAGGCACAUUCUCUCAGAUAAGAUCGAUGACGUAUAUGAUUAUGUUAUUGUCGGCGGCGGGUCGGCCGGUUCUGUAUUGGCUUCGAGACUUUCCGAAGAUAGGAAUAUUCGCAUUCUUUUAAUAGAAGCAGGUGGAUUUUACGAUGAAAAUCCAGACUUUCAUAUUCCAAUUAACAGUCUAAAGCUCCAAAAUACAAAACAUGAUUGGGAAUAUUACACUGUGCCUCAAAAGGUCUCAUGUCUUGCAUUAAAUAUGAACAGAAGUUUUGUACCUCGUGGACGAGUUCUAGGUGGAUCGAGCGUUUUAAAUUCCAUGCAAUACACACGUGGGAGCCGUUAUGACUAUGACCAAUGGGCUGCAAACGGCUGCACCGGCUGGACUUACAAAAACGUUUUGCCUUACUUUUUGAAAUCAGAAGACAUUCAAAUGGAUGAAUUAAAAUCAUCCGUGUACCAUCACACUGGCGGCCCGAUGGCAGUUUCAGGUUCCCUUGUAACAGAAUUAUCAGACCUGUACAUGAAAGCUGGGCAAGAACUUGGUUUCAAUAUUACGGACUAUAAUGGUGCUGAUCAAGAGGGUUUCAAUAGAAUUCAAAUUUCUGUGAGAAACGGCGUUCGGGAAGCAACUGGACUAGCGUUCCUUGGAAGAAUUGAUAGAAGAGCAAAUCUUGAUAUUGUUCUAGAAACAUUUGUGACAAAAGUUGACAUUAAGAACUCUUCAGCACUUGGUGUUUUUUACGUUAGAAAUGGAAGAAAGUCGUAUGUUGCAGCCAGAAAAGAAGUGAUCUUGUCGGCGGGUGCGAUAAACUCCCCACAAAUCCUAAUGCUAUCUGGUGUAGGACCAAAAGAACAUUUAGAGUCGAUGAAUAUCCCAGUAUUACUUAACCUUCCAGUUGGAAAUAACAUGCAGGAUCACAUGAAGGCUUUGAUGUUAACUAAAAUAAAUAAAUCUAUAAGCUUGUCUGAAAACCUUUUGAAUAGUUUCUGGUCUCGAUUGAAGUAUAAUCUAUUCGGCACGGGACCACUUUCUAUCGUAGGGUCUGAGGGCUCAGUGUUCUAUUACAACGACCAAUCAAAACGCAAAAGAACAAGCGCAGACAUUCAGGUAAUGAUAUUUAGUAAAUACAUGGCGGAAAAUUACUUUAACAUUAAAGACAACUAUGCUAAGGAGAUUAUUGCAGAACAUGGAAACAUUGAAGGUUUUAACUUUAUUGUGUCCAUAACAAAUCCAAAGAGUCGAGGAACUGUACGCCUUAAAAGUUCGGAUCCGUUUGACUACCCCCUGAUAGAUCCUCAGUAUCUCACGGACAAAAGAGAUGUUGGAGAUUUUAUUGGAGGUAUACGAUUAUGGGAAAGAUUUAUGCAAACAAAAACCAUGAAAGAACUUGGUGUUGACAUGAAUCAAAUGAAGUUAUCAUUUUGUUCACAACACAAAUUCAGCUCCGAUGAUUACUGGGAAUGUUUCGUGCGCCACCUAGCGUUUACAGUACAUCAUCAUUCUUGCACGUGCAAAAUGGGCGCUGAUGAAGAUGAAACUGCUGUUGUAGACGUGAAACUUCGGGUAAAAGGUAUUAAAGGAUUGCGAGUUGUUGAUGCAUCCGUACUUCCCACAGUGACAUCGGGAAAUAUAAAUGCCCCUGUGAUAAUGGUUGCCGAAAAAAGCUGCUGAUAUGAUCCGUAAGAUAGAUUCUGUGAAAGAUAUUAGAGAAAAAUUACCAAACGAUAUCUGAAACAACAAAGGAAAUUCAUCAAAAAUAUCUUGAAUUCAGAUUGAAGCAAAAUCGGAUCGUAAAUAGAUAAUUAUUGAUGUCUUCUUUAUAUAUGAAAAUCACAAAGAUAAAAUUUACGACACAGUGUGCAAAAUAAGAAAGUAUUUGUAGAUUUGUUCCACAUCUUCACAUUAAAUGAUAUAUAUAUAUA